CUUGAUUUCCGGUACAUGCGUAUGAGAUUUCAUCUCCAUAGAGAUUACUUCAACAAUGUCUGACAGCAGUAGCUAAUGUUGGAAUUAUAACCAACUUUUAAAAACUUAUAUUUUGGGAUCCGUACCAUAAUUUUAACAUCAAACUUUUCCCCUAAGUUACUUACGUUCUAAGUGGAUGAAGAUUCUCCGUAGAUCUAGGCUUGUGAAACCGUAAACGAAUAGUAAUAGCAAUAGGCCUAGGCCUAGUUUAAAAGUCUAAAAGUUAGUCUUAAACUUAAAACUAAAUCAUUGAUGAUUGAUUAAUUAUUAUCAUUGACAAUUGACUUGAACUUGAGUCACAAUAGAAUUUGACUAUUUAAAUUUAAUUUACUAAUUAAAUAGUUAGUGUUAAUAGCACUAGUAAAGUAUUAGUAACUAUUAAUAUCAAAAUAAUAAAUAUUAUAAUUAUAAUCUGAAAACAAUGUUAGGCCUUAGCCUUAGCUUUUCCGUAUCACUGUGACUAGUGUGACUGUGAUGAUUCGCUGAAGGAAAUGUCACAUGAAAUAUUUUAUUUAUCCGAUAGAUAGAAAGUUGACUUAGACUAGAAGAUGAAGAUUAUGUGUGAAUUUGUGAUUUCCACCAAAACUCAUAUAAUUUGGCAUUUGCUGAUGACUGCUCAUUAAUAUAAUUGCUUUUUUAGGUUACAAAGCAAGAACAUCAACAGGCUAAAUGUGAUAGUAAAAAACUGUUACCUAUAGUUUCUAAAGAUAGCUCAUUGUCAUUAAAUAAGUUAUUCAAAGUCAAAGAAUUGUUGUUAUUUAUUGAGAAUAACAAGCAAGCUCACAAAAAUGGGAGAUAAAGGAGGAAAAUCUGAUAUGGAGCGAGUGGGCUUGUUUAAAGAAAUGGAUUAUGUGACAGUUGGAGAUCCAUACAAAACUCCUGGACAGGGUAAAUCUUGUAUUUAUUUAUUAAAAUUUAAAUUAAAUCCGAUUAUUUCAAGCUUUAAAAAAAUAUUAAAGUUGUCUGAAUCAUGGUAAAUUAGUCAUUUCAUCAUGCCAGUCAUGGCCACAUUAAUUUUAAUUUAUUUUUGUUGCCCAAUUAUAAUUAUAUAACAGAAGGUUCACUUGGAUGUUAUUUAUUUUAACUUAUUUUCACUCAUUAAAAGAACUGAUGUUGUUUCUCUAUCUUAUAGGUGUUUUUAAUGAAUCAUCGGUCAAAGGUAAGCAAAUGCUUCUAGGUGGUCUUAAAGAGAAAUCAGCUAAACAGGACGGCUAUUUUGCAGACAAAUUUGGUCGUGUUUUUGAAGGUGAAGGAUAUUCAGAUCCUGUUAAAUUAAGACGACAGCGUAGAAUGGAAGAUAAAAAGAAAAAUUUGUCCAAGGCUUUCUUGCCUACUAAUGGCUAUAAAUCAAUGUAAGUACAGAUCUGUAAUCUAAAUAUUAUAAAGCAAAUUAUAAAUAAAAAUCAAACUUGAAGUUUUAAUUAAUAUUAUGGGCAAUUUAUUUAUUAUGUACGCAAAAAAAAAUUCAAUCCCUCCCCAUGUUGCUAAAAAAAAUUUUUUUUUCAUUUAUUUGCCAUCAUACAUCUCUACAAUAAGAUUUAAUCCCCUCUCCCUAACCAAAAAAAAAUAAACAACAAUUUAUUAAUAAACCAUUGUGAUGUACAAGACAAUCAAAUGAAGUUAAGUCAUCCUAAACCAGUCUUUCUUAAUUUGUGGCAUAUGCACCACAGGUAGGAAAUUUGAAGAUUAUAAGAUGAUAAAUUUGGUUUAUGGGACAGUAGGUUUGGUCAGUUGGGUAGAGGGGCUGCUGCCCUGGGUGGCCUUUUUUUCUUUAUAUGGAGAUGCACUAAUAUUGAACAGAUUUUUUUCAAGGCAGGGGCUCUAAUUCUAGCAACAGCACUACUAUGGUUUACAGGAAAUGUAUUUAAGUUUCAAAAAGGCAAGGGAAUGGUUUAAUGUUAAAAAUAAUAAAUUGUCCCUAUAUCAUAUAUCAUUUAUUGAUGAAACUUUGGAAGGGGGACACCAUUUCAGGCUGCAUAUGUAGCACAGCUUUACCUUUGCACAGUCCUAUCCAUGGGUAUUAAUUCAUUUAAUAAGUAAUUUUGAAAAAUUUGUUCAUCUGUGAACUGGGUUCUGCCUGUAUUUUAUUUUUUUUAAAUAUCGCUUUAUUAAACAUUGAGCAGUAUUUAAGAAUUUUAAUUGAUAAAUGUUUAAACAUUCUGUUGUGACUUGUUUUGUCUACAGGAAUGGGCUAGGGACAUUUUAUGGAACUUUGGGUGGAGUUAUUCCAUCAUUUAGCCCAACAACAUCAGGUGGUGGUUCCAAAAGAGAACCUUUGAAAAAUAUCUUAACUAAUCCAGGGAAGAAAGGAACAGGCUAUGGGUAAGAUAUCUUUAAAUUAGAAGUUUAUUGUUUGAUGAUUAUUUUCCGCUCAUUUAAAUGCAGUUGUUUUUUUUAAAUUUAGCAAUAUUUUCACUUUAUAAUUUUCCGUAAUCAAAAGGAACAAUUUGAAAUUACUUGCUAGAAAUUUUUUUUUAAAUCACACGCUGAGCUUGGCAAAAUUAAGUCUUGAUAAUAUGUUUUAAAUAUUUAAUUUAAUAAAACAAAGUUUUAUCCUUAUGUCUGUUCCAGUAGUUUAAUUGUGUAAAAUUAAUAAUACCCACUAAGUUUUUCCAACACCUCUGCUCCUUUUUUCUCUAUUACUAGAUAUCUAAAUAUGGUACAUCUAUAAUUUAUAUUUUUCCUAAAUUAAUAUAACAAAAGCUUUUCAUAAAUACAAGGCAUUAAAUUUUAAGACUAAGAAAAAAUAAAAUUAAUAGACUUUAAAUAAAACAGAACAAUAUAGGCUUCUGUGGCCAUCCAUUUGUCAUGUAUACGUUGAAGUAUUUUUAGGGAAAAGAUUUGAAUUUUUUUAUCUCAAGGUGCAUGUAGUGUUAGAGGAUAGGUCUCAAUACUUGCAUAUGAGCACAAAAAAUUUGACAUUUAGGACUAUAUACCAACUGACACAUUUCUGUAACAGUGCAUACUGAUCCAUUCAAAGACAUGCUGUUUACUUCUCUUUUUAUUAGUUUCUAUUAAAAAAAUAAAUUAUGCCAACAUCAAAGUUGAUGUUUCAUUGGGCUAAAAUAGAGUUAGUUUUUUUUUUGUUUUUUUUAAAGUGAAAAUUGUUCUGAAAAGUAAGGAAAACUGUUGUUUUAACAAAGUUAUUGGUCAUUAUAGUUUUUAUAGUAUGGCCUACUGAAUAUCCUAAAACAGCUUGAUUGGCCAGUAAGCUUAUUUUUAUGUAUGCUAUGAUGGUGAGUUCUGAAAAUGUAACAAGAUUCAACUUGUGGGAAAAGAGAAAAAUUUUUAUGAAAUUUGUGUGUGGAUGUUCUUAACAUGGACACUUUUCUUGUAAAUAUGUAUAGAUGCAUUUAUCUAGGCUUCAGGAAAAAGUUCUUUCCACUACCGGUACUGCAGUAACUCGAGGGAAAUGUUAAUUAAGUUUGUAAGCUCAAGUAUUUCUUUAAAUAUUUUGAUAUUUUUUUCAGGUAUAUUUCAGUUACUAUGGGGAAAUAUCCCAACAACUUAUCAGAUCCAUACAGUAAUGACAAAGAGUUGUACAGGGUUUGUGAAAACUGCAAUGAUUUGUUGUUGGUUUUUAUACAAAAGAACUUUUCCUAUUUGCACUGUGUUUACUAAAAACUCAAUGUAAUCUACUAGAUCUGCAAUAUCUGACCAACAAUUUUCAAUGAAUUCUAAUUUAAACAGAAAUGAAAGGUUACAAUUUUUAACUAUAGUCUGAGGUUUAAUAGUGUAGUUUGACAUUCUUAGCCCUGCUAAUAUUUGGAGGAGAAUUAGCAAUUAAUUUUUAAAAAAUGAAUUUUGCCAUUGGCAUAUCAUAUGUCAGAUCCAUUUUUACAAUCCUGAUGCCAAACUCAAAUCAAAUAAAAGAAGUUGUGUUAACUUGAAUCACAUAUUUUGCAUUUUUAAAAGUUACUAAUAAAACUUGAAAAUUUCACUCUUUUUGUUCUAUCUUAAAUCUGACAUUGAAUUUCUUACUAGCCCAAUUGUUCAUCAUAAUUGGUUGUUUUUAAAGAUUUAAAAUCACUUUUUUGAACAGUUUUGGAUAAGAAUAGCUGUUAAUGUCUCAUACAAAGAAUAGCAACAUACUCAGUAUUUAUACUGAAAAUAUAAUUAAAGAAAAUUAUAAUAACUGCUAAAGUAUGUGCUAUGUCUGCCUAUAGCCAUCAUCUCUUAUUUUUAAGUACACACCAUUUGUCAAAAGAAUUGUUAAUAUUUUCAACUUGCUUCAUGUCUUUGCCAUUUGGUAUCUUACAUUUUAUGUUGCUUUUAUUUUUUUUUAAAUGCACCUUUAAGGGCACCAGAUUAAUUGUUUUUAAAUAUCAUUGAACUUUAUAACACCAUUUGUUUUAAUAUUGUUGUAUAUAAACUAAUAUAUUGUUAGCCUAAGUGGCCUGUUCAGUAUAUUGCAUAAAAUAAGUUGUCCCCAAUGACUGCUAGAAAUCAAACUUUCUUUUCUCAAAAACAUGUACAGCACUACAACUUUCAAUGGCAUGGUCUCUGAGGUAUUCCCAGUCAGCAUUGGAGUGAUACAAUGCUACGUACUUGCGCCAAUGCUCUUCUCCAUUUUCUUCUCAAUAUUUCUUCAGUUUCCGUUAAGGGACUGUGAAGACGUAGAUACUAUACCAGAUCUGAUGAUAAGCUGUUCAAUAUCUCCAGCCUUCAUGCAAAGACCAUGGUUUUAAAAAAAAACAUGCUAAUUCGUGAACUGCUGUUCGCUGACGAUGCCAACUUAACAUCGCACACGGACGAUGUCUGCAGUGGUAGUUAAUCGCCUCUCCCAUGCAUGUAAAGAGUUUGGACUGACCUUUAGUCUACUAAAAACAAAUUUCAUGAUACAAGAAGCACAGUCUACUCCAAACAUAACUAUUGAGGGCCAAAAUCUGUCAGUAAUUGAGAAUUUCACAAACCCGGGGUCCAAUAUUUGUAUCCCAUUCUCUGUUGAUGAAGAGGGGAACAUCAGGUUUACAAAAGCAGUAGCAACUAAGGCUAACUUGAAUGAGCAGGUGUGAAAUAAUCCUAAACUAACUGAAAGUACAAAACUAAGCAUCAGGCAUGUGUAUUCAGUAUGCUCCUAUAUGGCAGUGAAGUGUAUCUCGCAUAUGGCAAUCAUGAGCGGAAACUCAAUAGCCUCCACCAAAAAUGGCUGCAUCACAGUUUGCUGGGUGCUGGGUAGCUGAGUGGUCUAAACUGAGCAAAUCUCAAGUUGGUGGUCUGGAGUUCAAUUCCAGCCAAAGCCCGGUUAAGCAAUAACAUUACCAGCAGCCCGGGUAGAUGGGACUCGUUAAUUCAUCUAAGAGACGGAAACUCUGAAAUCAAACCCGGAGAUGGAGUCCUGAAAGGCGGAAACAUUGGUACAAUGAAACAUUCUGACAACUCCUGCGAUGCCACUGGUACCAAGCUGUAUCAUCCCAAUGUUGUUCCCUUAGGCUAUCCAGCAGCGUGGAGAGGGGCAAUUUGCUGUUGGGAACCAGGCCCUUGAAGAAUAAUCCCAGGCCUAAGCUUAAACUGAAAGUCCUUUUUAUCAAAAUUAAAUGUAUGCUUGAUAUACCGUACCAAUUACGUAAAUAAAUGUAAAAAAAAUUGAAAAUUAAAUCACAAAAAAAAAGCUCACAGAAUUCAAUGGCAGGACAAAGUGCCUAACACAGAGGUUUUGGAACAUGCCAAAAUGUGUAGCAUGCUCUCCUGUUACAGCAAGAACUUCAAGAGGUGUCUACGCUGCUUAGGCCAUGUAAAGAGACUAGAUGAAGGCCAUAUUCCAAAGGAUACGCUCUGUGGAGCACUGGCAUAGGGGCUAGACUUACUGGGGUUGGUGCUGGGAUUUAAGGAUGUUUGCAAAAGGAAGUGAUGGAAGCCAACAUAGAAAUCAAUAAAUGGGAGAUCAUCUCUGAGCACCGUUUCAGCUGGUGAACACAGAGGCGUAGCGUGGUGGGGGCAGGGGGGGACGGGGGGACAGAUGUCCCCGGGCGCAAGCUAUUUAGGGGCGCCAAAAUGUGCUUUGAUAACAUUUUAUUGAUGAAAAUAAUGGGUUUGAGAGUUGAAAAAAAAGAAAAAGGGGCGCUAAAAAUGGAUCUUGUCCCCGGGCACAAAACUUGUCCCUGGGCACCAAACACCCUCGCUACGCCACUGGGUGAACAGCAGUGUAUGAAGAAGACAAACAGGCAGAAGAGGUGUGAAACAAAGCCCUUGCAACAAAAAAAGUAUUUCAGAAGACCAAAUUAACCAGGAGUCGAAGUUCUCCUGUGAGAAGUGCAGCCUAGACUGCUCUUCCAGGAUUGGCCUCAUAAGCCAUUUGAUGAAGUGUCAACAGCUACUUAAUCAUCUCGCGAAAUGGAAGAAUGCCAUAUUUAUAUAUAUAUAUACAUAUACACACAUACACAUGCAUAUAGCCUAUAUAUUAUAUAUAUGGUCUCAUGUCAAUAAUAUUAUUACAAAGAUGAUAUGAAGUCAAAAAUAAGAAUUAUUUAAUUAUUUGUUUGAUCUUCUUAUUUGGUUGCUGAUGUCCGUUCCCAUAAAUUGUUAUUGUUCAGAAAUAAAUACACAUUUAAUUGAGGACCCUCCUUCCUUUUAUUCAAUGAGUUUGUUUUUUUUAGACGUUGUUUUGCUGCACCAUUCUAUUUUCACAUGUGUUUCUAGCCACCAGGAAAUAGCCACACAAGAGUAAUUUGGAGUUUUGAAAAGAGACAAUUAUUAGAAUUUUAAUUUUUGUUGUGUGCUCCAUACUAACUCACACUUUUUCUUGCUUCUGUGAAAAGCUUUGCAAAUGUUUGUUUGAAUCCAUACCCACCUCAUAGUGAAGAUGAGUUUAACAAAGGAGUUCAGAUGUAUAAGGUCAGUUCCUACUAACAGAGCUUGCUUUCAGCACACUGAUGCUCUUGAAAAAACAUAAUUUAGAAAUGAAACAAAAGUAUCCAUACAAAGAGGGAUCAUCCUUGCAAUUUAGAGCUUACAAAGUUUAAAACUUUUCUUUUUUUUGUUUUGCAUUUUAACUAUGUCCAUUAUGACUUAGCAAAAUAAACUGAAAAUAAUGUGGGAGUGGAUGCUUAAUGCAUAACAGAAUGAGCCAGAAAUUUAAAGUUAUUUAUUUAAAUUUAUGAUUGAACUAUAGAUGAUCUUAACAAUUGCAACUUCUUAAUAAUUAUGAUUAUUUGAGUCCUACAAAUACUGAGCAAUAAGUAAUUUUAAAUACAGGAUAAAACAUAAAUAAUAUGCAUCUGUUUAUUGGAAAUUUAACUCCUAUUGUUUUAGUUUAGCAUUUAAGUAAUUUUACAUUGAAAUGACUGCUUUCAUUUAUGUCAAUCAUUACAGCAAGAACUUCAAAAACACAAGGCUGCCCUCAAAGCGGGUGCUUUCAGACUCAAUAUGCAUCCUGCUGAUUAUUUCAACGGAAAUCCCUAUAGAUCUGAUGUGCCAGAUCCUGGUCAACGAAAAUGGGCUGGUGAUCUUCCAGCAAAACCUAUUACUACCCCAUUCCGUCCAAGCAAUCCUGGAAAGCAUGCAAGUUACUUUAUACCAUUUUUUUUCCACAGUGAAACAUAUUAUUUACAUUUUAUUUAAAGGUAAUUUUACAAACCUUUGUGCCUUUACACAAGGUAAUGAAAAGUUUGACCCAGGACAAAAUUAAGUACAGGAAAAAGCUUUCACUUGCUUCCUCCAAAUAUAUCUUAAAAAUCAAAUAUUCAUAGAGAGGUAACAAUGUUUUAAAUGAAAUUUUCUUUUUUAUCAAACAACCAAAAUUGCUUUACUUAACUGUUAUGAAUGUAGAGCCAGCAAUCAGAUUACCCAUGUGAACAUAGUUCCCCUAUGAGUCUUAUUCUUAUAAUCUGUUUAAUGCCAACUUUCUGUAAACAUCAUAUUUAUGAACCAUGUUUAUAAAUAUAUAGCCUACAUAUAUAUAUCAGUUUGAGAAUUACAUUAAAAUAUUUCUGAUUCGAAGAAUGCUUUAAAGCUUAAACUGAAAGUCCUUUUUUUAUAAAAAUUAGGUUGAUUCUUGAUUAGGUACCAAUUACGUAAAUAACUGCAAAAAAAAAUUGAAAAUUGAAUCAGUGGUGAAAAAAAAAAGCCAAGGAAUAACUUUCAUUUAUGAAGGGUGCAUUCUAUACUUUGUGUGAAUAUUGUAGGCCUUUAGUUAUUAUUCCUCAAAUUUUUAUUCAAAGAUUGAUAGACAUAAAUUGUUAGUUAUCUAUAUUCAUUCACAAAAGAGGCAUUUCUAAAUGCAAUAAUCAGUCAUACAAGAAAUUAGAAGUCAACAAUGUUAUUUUAUAAUAUAAUCAUUUUACGUAUGGCGAAUCUAAUUUUAAAAUAUAUUUUUUUAUGAUUUGGUUUGUGAAUAAAUUGCUAUUUUUUAAAAAAAAAACAGCUUGCUGGAAUGAAAGCUGGUACAUUUGACCCUUAUCCAUCACAUUCAUCUGAUCCAUAUGGCAUCAAGUACAAGCGACCAGUCAAUGUGGUCAACAAAUUUGGAAAAACCUUUGUGCCUCCAGCUGGUCCUAAAUCUACACCAUGCAAGUCCAUCAUUGAUCAGAAUAUUACGAGGUGAGAAGCAAUGGAUUUUUUUUAUUAUUAUCCCAGAGAUAUCAAAUUUUUUGCUUUACAUAAAAUUAAAUACAUUUUAAGUUUAGCGUGAAUAUUUUUUUUUUUUGUGGUGGUUUUACAUUCUAAGUUAUUUAUACAAUGGCAUAUCUAAGGUGUGUAAGCAUAUUAAAAAAUACUCAUCUGUCCAUACCCAUUCUGACUCCACCAUUGUUUACUUUCUUUAAAUUUUGGCAUUUGCUAAGGAACUGUUGACCUCACUAAUAAUAGUCAACUACUACUUGUAUGUCUACCAGCUUUUGCCCUUUAUAAACUGAUGUUUUUGGGAAGGUGUGGCAGGAGUGUGAAAAGAUAUUUUUUACACAUUUUAUGUAAAGUAGCCCUUGAUUACAGUUGAACCUUUGAUAAUGAACACCCCAGUUAAUGAAAAAAAUAUAAGGUAAAGAAAUUUUUUUGUCUCUGUUAAUGAAUGGGGUUCUUAAGGUGUAAUCUAAAGAUUGGCAACUCCUGUGUGAAAGAAAGAGCAUAUAAAGCCUUUGUCCGUCCGGUUUUAGAUUGUGCAUCUUCAGUCUGGGACCCAUUUAUCCAGAAGAGCAUUGACAGGUUGGAGGCGGUCCAGCGACGGGCAGCACGCUUUGUCCUGAACUGCUACAGGAAUACCUCUAGUGUUGGCAGCAUGCUGGAAACACUAGGCUGGUCACCAUUGGAUGAACGAAAACGACAAUCCGGGCUCUCCAUGGUGUACAAGAUAAAUAAUGGGCUGGUCCACUGUUCCAGUAUUAAACAGAAACUGGUCCCUCUCCCCCAUAGACAGUGACGAUGCCAUGACAGGCUAUUCCCGGCUCAUACUAGCAAGAAGCCAGUAUAGGAACUGCUCAUUCCUGCCCAAGACAAUCAAGGACUGGAAGAAUCUUUGAAAAGGAACAGUUGAGGCGACAACACUAGACACAUUUGUGUCUAUUGCCUCAAGCCUUCAAACCCCCAGUGCAUGAUUCCCUCACAAAGUGGCACUUGCAAUCAGUGAAAUAUCCUCGUCAACACCAGGCACAGAAACAUUGCAAAUCCCCUCUACGUGCAUAGGAGCCAAAAUGAUCAAUAAAUUGAUCAUGGGCCCAUAAUAUAUAGAAGAAGAAGAAUGAUACUUCGGGUUAUAAACAUGCGCACACUACUGUACACACAAUUCCUCCAGUUCGGAGGUUUUUUUCCCCAUUUGCAGUAAACAAAUUUUGUCUGCGUGCUGUGUUCACAAACACUGCUUUUUGUUAAUUUUGCACUUUUUGUGUUAUUUUAGCCCUCAUGGCAACUAAAGAGUACAUUGUUAUUAAUAGGAAUUGUGUUAGGGUUCAAGUAAAGAAAGAGAUUAUAUUAUGACAUGAUGAAGGCUUUUGUUUUUCUGACAUUGCCAAGCUGUACAAUCCUGUGAAAUCCACAAUCUGUACAAUUCUAAAGAACAAAAGAGCAAUCAAAGUGGCUGAUGUGGCUAAAGGAGUGACUAUGUUUACAAGGCAAAGGUCUAAAGUACUAGAGAAAUUGGAAAAACUGUUGUUAGUUUGAAAAGCAGCUGGGUGGAGAUUGUUAGAGAGACAAUCAUUUGUGAAAAAGUGCCAGGCAGUUGCACAGUGAUUCGUUUGCCGAAAAUGAGGGCAAGUUCGGAACCUGAAGACUAGAGGUGUGUUGGGUAAAUUUCCCUGAAGAAAUGAAAUUCAUAGUGUUGUAAGACAUGGAGAGGCUGCUAGUUCAAUUAUAUAUUCUUCAUUAUGGUAUAAUGCUUAAAAAUGUAAAUAAUACCAUAUUACUAAGGCUGGAACAGAUUAUUUGAAUUUAGAUUUAUUGCGAUAAGGAAAAUUAUUUCAUUUAGUGAACAUUUCAGUUUAAGAACGGAGUCUUGGAACGGAUUAAGUUAGUUAUCCAAGGCUCCACUGUAUCACAAUUGCCUAUAAACAUGUUUUAAUUUUUAACCUAAAAAUUAAUCCAUCCUGUUUCCGAUUGCUGCAGGACUAUUAACAGCAGCAACUACCGAUCCAUCACAGUACUUUGAAGAACCAAGUCCACUUGAGUAUAGCUGAUCAAUUGAACCUCUCCAGGUCUAAGUUUCCAGUGACAGAAGCAUCUCUAAAAUAAUAUUUUUUUUUAAAAAGUAACUAACUUCUUAUACACCAAAUAUUUUAGGGACAUACAUUUUUGUUAAUUGUUAACAAGGAAUUUUAAAAAGCUGAACAAAAUGUUGAAGAAAAAUUAUGAAUAAAACAUAACCACAUGAAGUGCAUUUUUAUUAUCUAUGUCAUUUAAUAUUUUCACUUUUUUUUUGGUUGGUUUUUUUUUUUUGGUGGUAUUUUCUGUAUUUCAUUUUCUACUGCUACUCAGCCCUGCUAAAAAGUACGGAAAAUUAGUGAUUAAUUAUUGACCAGAGUUCAGUUGUUUAUAAAAAAAAAAGAUUUUGUUAUCAUUAUAGUUUUUUUUUUAUUUUUUUUUUGGUUGGUUUUUUUUUUUUGGUGGUAUUUUCUGUAUUUCAUUUUCUACUGCUACUCAGCCCUGCUAAAAAGUACGGAAAAUUAGUGAUGAAUUAGUGACCAGAGUUCAGUUGUUUAUAAAAAAAAAAGAUUUUGUUAUCAUUACAGUUUUCUGUAAUUUUAUCAAUAUCAUGUAAUUGGCUUGUAUUUUUUUCUGUUGGAAAUUUCCUAUUUAAAUGUGCUUUGAGUACUGGAUAAACCUGGUUAGAUUUGAAAUAGAAUUUAAAACUUUUAUUGUGAUUUUAAUAUCAUAAUUACUAAAAUUUAAUAGAACAUCUAAAAUGAUGUUCUCCAAAAUCUAACCAGAAAAAUUUUGGUGGCAAAAUUUAUGUUAUGCUUAGGUGACUGAUUAUUUGAGGCAUACAGAUUAAUUUUUAGCAAGUUAUUUUCACAGAGUAUACAUAAAUAUUUCUAUCACUCAAAUGUUUAUGAAAAAAAUGUGUACAUAUAAUUAGAGUUUUUCUGAUGGUUUUAAAUUAAGUUGACACAUAUAUUUUCAUAGUGACAAAAACAAAAUACAUUUAGAGAUAGUUUGAUUAUGAACCGAGGCAUCGUAUCCAUUUAAAUUAUUAUUUUUUUUAGAAGUUUUAUAACAGUUUAAGACUUAAACUCACAACUCAGCAUAAACCAAUUUUUUAAAAAUAAUUUUCAAAGAUGCUUUUCUUUGUGCUUAUUUAUUCUUCCAUUGAGAAAUUGAAGAUUUUCUGUACAGGAUCUCAAAAAUAACAAGUGUACUGCACAUUUUUUUGUAUUUUUGUUUGUGUGUUCGAUCAUACUAAAGUAUUUGUUUAUAUAAAUGCCAUUUAGCAAAUUUUACCCAAAUUUCAUGUAAAAUUUCAGAUAUUGCAUGUUGUCUUUUAGUGUAUAUAAUAGUAUUAUACUGUAUUUCUGGGCACUGAAAAGUCAGUUUAAAAAAAGUCUGUGAUACUAUUAAGUGAUAUGAGGAAUACAUACCAUGAAGUUUCCUUUGCUUAUGGUUACUUAAAUAAAAUUAUAUUUUAUAUUCA